UAGCCCGCCAGCUCCUCUGCUGCUUGUUCGCUCGUUACUCCCACCAAGCCUUGGAUAUUUAACCUUCUUGCAUUGUAUUAUAUACUCGUUUGACACUGCUGCCAAUGGACAACAGGGAUAAUCUCUGGACUCGGCGCUCCAACACCAGCAAGCUCUCCCUCUCCAUGUCACAUUCGGAAAGUAACAGCGAAAAAUCCGAGCCGCACCAACGCACCGUCUCCGCUACCAAACGCUUUGGUGGCGACUCGUCCCACGGCGGUCGAAACCCAUUCAACGCUAUAUCGCCCUUGACACCCGGUGGUUUAGCGUCACCCACAACGGGGGGCUCUUCUGCGUUUGGGCUCGGCUCAGGCGCGUUCGCUUCCUUUGGAUCUGCGGGAAAGGCGCCCAAAACGCCUGGCACUGCCUUCGACUUCAAAGCAGCCGCCAUGUCGUCGCCCACGCCCGCGACACCUUCUGAUAAAAAGGACAAGCCCGUGAGCAAGGUCGUCAACAGCAUACGCAAAGAAUCCAUAUCCACGACCUCAAUACCAGACAACACAGCGAGUCCCUCUGCGCCGCCAGAUUUCAAUGCGCCAUGGCCGCUCAAAUACACAUGGGCGGUAUGGUACCGCCCGCCUACGGCCAAGAAUGUCGAUUACGAGAAGUCGAUUGUGCCCCUCUGUAAAUUCAGUACGGCGCAAGAGUUCUGGAAGGUCUUUUCCCAUCUUAAGCGUCCCUCGAGUCUCCCCUCCGUUUCCGAUUACCACGUGUUUAAGCAAGGCAUACGGCCGGUAUGGGAGGACGACGAGAACAAGCGAGGUGGCAAGUGGAUCAUGCGCCUGAAAAAGGGUGUGGCUGACCGCUACUGGGAGGACCUGCUAAUAGCACUCGUUGGAGAUCAAUUCCUGGAUGCCGGGGAGGAGUUUUGCGGCUUCGUCUUGAGCGUCCGGAGUGGCGAAGAUGUCUUCAGCAUCUGGACUAAGAGUGAUGGAGUGAAGAAUGUCAAGAUCCGGGAUACAAUAAGGCGGGUCCUCAAACUGCCGGAGGGGACCAACAUAGUGUGGCGCAGUCACGACGACAGUAUCGCCCAAAGAUCGGCCAUCGAUCAAGCUCGCCAUGAGAAGAGCCAGCAUGAAAAACGCAGAGUAGUGUCUACGGAUGAGUCACGUGAGAAGCCGACUGCUGGUUCCUAGGAAAAUCUCAGCCUAGCGACGGUCUCCAGGCCGACCCCGGAUCAAUCGCAAAGCCAACCGUACGACUUUUGUAUUUGCCGCGGUCGCCCAAUGGCUGACUCACGCGAUCGUUACCCGCACCGUAUGCUCCAACGUGUCUGAACAAAGGCCGCUUCGUGUUGUACUGGAUGCGGU